UAGUUAGAUCUACUAACCUCAAUGCAUUUGAAUCAGAAAUUCAUCAAAUUUUGCAGGGAGCCGAAAAAUUGCAGUCAUAUGUGGGUAAUUAUGAAAAUAAAAAUUCUGCAAGUUUUGAUCGACAUGAUGGACCUGAAGAGGGUGAAGAACCAUCUGAAGCACUCCAAUGUGUGUACGGAUGUGAUAUUAUUGGUAUGUCUGAUACUGCUGGUGUCAUGUCCAGCUGUCACGAGACGAUGACUGAUUUGAAAGAGUCCAACACUGAUCUUCCACAUGUGGUGGAGGAUAGUAUUUUCUGCAAAGCUGAUAAUAUUCCCAGCCUUGAAAAAAAACGAGCUUCUACCACCUCCCACUUGGUAGAAGAAUUUCUCAUUGUCCCCUCAAUGGAUGAUAUUAGAUUCGGCAAUGUCAUGCCAUUUGAGUCUCAAAUUGAUCACACUUCUCAUGGUGCUGAAAAGUUAUUUUCAAAUGUGGAUUCAUUUGAAAACAAAGCUUUUGAAAGUCUUGUCCAGUAUUGUGUUUCUGAAGAGGGCGAGCCAUAUAAUGUAAAACAACAUUUUCACAGAGUUGAUAUUACUGGCACAUCAGAUACUGCUGGUGUAAAGUCUAGUUGUGACAGGAAUGUACCUGAUUUCGAGGGAUCCAGUAUCAGUUUUUCAUGUACAGUAGAGGCUAAUAUCUCCAAAGAUGCUGACCAACCCAACCUUCCAAAAGAACGGGCCUCUGCUACUCCACAUGUAGUGGAAGAAAUUAUUAAUGUCUGUUCCAGCGAUGAAGUUAGAACCUCUAAAUUUAUGCCACAUGAAUCAGAAAUUCACCGCAGUUCUCAUAGCGUUGAGAAAUUAUUUUCGCAUAUGGAUGCAUCUGAAAGCAUUGCUUGUCAGAGUAUUGGUCGCCCUGAUGGGUUUAAUGAUGGUGAGGAAAUACAACGUUCGCACAACUAUGAUGUUAGUAUAUCAGAUAUUGCUUUAGUUAAGCCCAAUUGUGAUGAAAACUUGCCUGAAUUUGAUGGUACUAACAUGGCUCUUCCUUUUGCGGAUAAUAUUGUCUUCAAAGGUGCUCACAUUCCCAGCCUUUCAAAUGAACAAGCUUCUACUAUUUCCCACAUACUAGAAGAAAUUCCCCGUGUCUGUUCAAAGGAUGAAGUUAAACUAGCUAACUUUAUGCCAUUUAAUUCAGGAUUUCAUCACACUUCUCAGUGUGGAGUGGAUGCAUUUGAAAACAAAGCAUCUGAGAGUCUUUGUCACCAUGAGGUAUCUGAAGAGGGUGAAGAACCAUAUGACGCAAAAGACAGACGUGUUGUCACUAGUAUAUUAGAUACCUCUGGUGUUGAACCCCGUUGUGAUGAGAACAUGCCUGAAUUUGAGGGAUUCGGCAUUGAUCUUCCAUAUGAAGACGAUAAUAUUGUUUUUAAAGAUGCUGACAUUCCCAGUCUUGCAAAAGAACGAGCUUUCGUCCUUGAACAGCUUCGUCAGUCAAGCAUUCUUCUCACCCCAAGGCCUAAAUCUUCCAUAAUGAACAGAAUGGAUAUGAUUUCAGAUGUUUUAAACUCUUCACCUCUCGGCAUACUUCAAAAAAUGGACUUGGAUUUCCCCCUAGAGAAUAAUAAUCCGGCCAUAGAACAAUUUACUUCGACUUCCAGCAUUAAGCGGAUGGGCAUGUUUUGCAAUAAUGGAUCACAGUUGGAUGGUCCUGUUUUUGAAAGUUCUCAUUCUCUAUCCUCUUUAAGUGCUAUGUUUGGUUCAGAGUUGCAGAGUCUUCCUUUAACCCCUCCAGCUAUAAAAUUCAGCCAUGUUAGGCUGUCUGGGAAAAAGAGUUCUAGUUCAGUGAAAGUUAGUUCUAAUCCAGAGCUUGUAUGCUUCCGUAUUGAUGAAAAUUCCUCCACUACUGAAGAAAAUGCAGAUGUCGUUCAGGUUGGCUAUUCCACUCAACGACCUUCAAGAAAUAUUGAAGUAUUAACAAAUAGCAAACCUUUGUCUGAUGUGACGUCAUUGUAUCAAAAUGGCACAUGUUUACUUUCCAAUUCCAAGGAAUUUUUGGUGAGAGAUAGCCUGGUAUCUGUAAACUCCGAUGCUGCAUCCAGCCUUGGAUUUGAAUAUCCAGAGAGAGCGUAUAACUCGAAGAACAAAGAUAAUCAUAUGUAUACAGAUGCGAUUACAGAACUUGGGAAAUCUACCAAAACUGUGAGUAAAAGGUCUGAACGGCUAAGGAUAUCAUGUAGAUCCAGUGACAGAAUUAGGAAAUACCAAAACAUUUUAAAAGGGUGCAAACAAUCCAACAUUCUAUCCAACAUAUCUUCAUUUAUUCCUCAAAUUCAGCAGAAGCAGCAACAAGCUCUGCCAUUUCAAAAGAAGAAGAAAGACAUUAAAGUUAAGGCCCUGGAAGCUGCUGAAGCUGCCAAGCGCCUUGAAGAUCAGAUGAAACUUGAGCGUGAGAAAAGAAAGGCAGCUGUGAAACUGGAGCGGGAAAAAUUGAGGCAAGAAAAUACCAAAUUACUGAAACUCGAGCAAAAACAAAAAGCUGAAGAGGGGAGGAAGAAGGAAAACAUUGCAGCAAGGAAGAGACAUAGGGAGGCAGAAGAGAGAAAAGUGAAAGAUAGAAAAAGGCAAUGCAUUGGAGAAACAAGGACAUUACAAAGACAACAUAGAGACAAUUUGCAUUUUGGGAAAGCGGAAAAAGAUAAUCGACAAAAAAUCAUAGAUGAGGAACAGAAAGGGGGGAGACGAAGAAACAAUGAAGGCCAAACGAAGUUGGAAAGUGCAAUAGAUGUUAUGGAAAGUCAAAUGGCCGCUGAAAUGCAACAUUGCACUAUUGAACUUGUAUCUGCUGAUACCAGACGAGGUGAUGAUAAGAUUAAAGCUCUAGUGGUCUCUGAUGAACGCAAAUCCUUUGAAAAGGGAGUUGGCGGUUCAAAUUUUUUACAAGAAACAGUAGAAGAUACUGUCUGUGCUGCACACAUUUCUUUUGAAUUACAAUCAUAUGAGAUGUCUCCAUAUCAAACGUCUGAUGAAGAAGACAUGGAAGAAGAUAGCAGACAUAGAAAGUACAUUCCAAAGUGGGCAAGGGAACUCAACUGCGAGCUCAGCCAGCUGCUUCUUUACAAAGCCGUCAAGCACCUCAAGCAACACAAAUGA